AUGAAGUUGGACAGAGAGCCAUUGAAUUAUCAAUUUCAAUUUCUGAAACUUCCAUUCCCAAAAUUCUCUAUCCAGAAGUGCACUAUUAUCACCUUCAGAAUCUGCGAUAAAAAUGAAGAUACCCAUCUCGCAGAAUGGAAAUAUAGUCGACAGGAUAUAAGGAAGAAGGAAACCACACUAAAGAUUUCUGUCGUCUUGUUCUUCUCAUUUUUAAUGGAUAAUUUCAAUUAUAACCGUCUAGACAACAAUAGGCUUACAUUUCCUCGUGCAAUAUUCUGUCUCAGGAGCUUGUUGUGGUUCUUGGUAGCAGUUUUCUUUGUUUGGGUUGUUGUAAAAGCUCAAGAAAAUGUGGUUCCCUGGGACGAGGCUGAUAUGAUUUUAGUCAACGACACAACGAUUUCUCCAAUCUUUCGAGAAUUCUACAAAUGUGUCAAACCUAAGUUGGCACCACUAAAAGGGAAUUACCAAAAUUUCUGGUACGAUUUCACCAACGUCAUUUCUGAAUGCGACAGCUUAGAAGCAUACACCGCUUUGGAUAUUCGACCAUCAAGAAACAGAGAUGAGACUAAAUAUGUUGCUUUUCCGAGAAAGAACGAAAAUCUCACAAUGGUAACAUUAGGAAUCGGUCAUGAUGUUAGUGCUGAAAUCCGAUUGAGAGAGUUGUACCCGAACAUCCAGUUCUUCGGAGCUGAUCCAAGUUCUGAGAUUAAUAAAAAUCUGUACGAAAAAAGCUUAGGAGGCAAAUAUUUCCAGUAUGCAGUCAGUGAUCAGAACGGAAUUGAUGAUUCUGUGGUUUUGGGGAAUGAUGGUUAUGUGCAACAGAAAACACAGCACAUUGGAAUUGACCACUUUUUCAAGAAUAGUGUUCAAAAAAGCAAAAUCGAUAUUCUUUGGAUGGACAUCGAAGGCAAUGAGUAUCCGGUUCUCAACCAGCUGCAUCACGAUGGGAAUCUGGAUCGACAAGGUGUAAAAAUUUGUCAACUAAAUGUGGAAAUGCAUAAGGAUCUGUCCAAUUUGCAAGAGAUGAAAUUGUUCCAUAAUUUCAUUUGGAAAGUUUUAGAAGAUAGGAAGUACAUUUUUAUGAAGCCGGUUUUUGUAAAGUGGCAACAAUUCCGUUUUAUUCGACUUUUUAUUGUAAAUAUUGCUGAUCAAGAGUGUACCGAUUUAUAUGUGAAAUAG